CAGUAAGUUCGACUCGAGAAGUGGGGGAGCAUUGUCAAGAUAUUUUUCGUGAAAUACUUGUAAGAUUAACACAGUGCUUCGUGAUAAUUAAUACUAAUUAAUGUUAACCAGAGAAUGAAGCUCUUUGUACGUGACAUUUAAAGUGUGUAAUUCAUAGUGUGCUUCCAAAUUUCCUCUCACUCUUAGGAAAAUCGCACACCCGUAUAAAAUAGUACUACUUAAGUAAUUAACAAAUCUGUGGAUGAAGAAAGAACAAUACUAAUUUAAAACAGUAGUGAUAAAAAUUAAUUACAACAGCGUUGUUUAAAUAUUAACGUUUUAAUUGGCUAAAUAUUUGAUGAAGAACACGAGUCGAUAUGUCGAUUGAUAUGAAACGCACCUAAUGCACCUCAUCUCUUUCGGUCAUAACUGGAGUAUGCACCAGCCUUUAUGGAAUAUCGUUGCAGUCUUUUUGUUCAUAAAUGCUAAAAGAUGCCACCAAAACAGAGGAAAAUAGCUAUUAUGGGUUACAGAUCCGUAGGCAAGUCAUCACUGAGCAUACAGUUCGUCGAGGGACAGUUUGUGGAUUCAUAUGACCCUACUAUAGAAAAUACAUUUACAAAAAGUACACGAGUAAAUAGUCAAGAUUAUGAAGUUAAAUUGGUAGAUACAGCAGGUCAAGAUGAAUAUAGUAUAUUUCCUACACAGUAUUCAAUGGACAUUCAUGGUUAUGUCCUUGUGUAUAGUAUAACCAGCGCAAAGAGUUUUGAAGUUGUACAAAUUAUUUAUGAUAAACUAUUGGAUAUUACAGGAAAAGUCCAUGUUCCAAUUGUAUUAGUAGGAAAUAAAACGGAUUUAUAUGUGGACCGAAUGAUAACAACAGAACAGGGCAAGCGAUUAGCAGAUUCCUGGCACGCGGCUUUCUUAGAAACCAGUGCAAAACAAAACGAGUCUGUCGCAGAUAUUUUUCAUACGUUAUUGAUAGAAAUUGAAAAAGCUGAUGGAAAUGUACAAGAAAAAUCGAAUUGCAUUAUUUCCUAAGCUAUAUUAGCUGGAAAUAUAAUUAUGAUACAAUGCAAAUGUAUAAAACCAAAUGGCGAAAUUGGCAUUAUAUCAAUCCACGUCCGAAAACAAAUUAAAUGUAAUGAUAUGAAAAGUAUAAAAUGACGGAUGUAAAACAAUUAUAUCUCUUUUUGCUAUAUAAGUCGAAAAUAUUAUAAAUAUUGUCUAUUUCUGAAUAUACAUGGUAAUGAGUAUUUUUAUCAUUUGCUUUUGUAUCCAUUAUGUAACAAAAAAAUGAGAAAAGAAAUAAUUGAUUUUGAUUAUGUUUAUUUUUAUUAUAUGCAUGUUUAUAAUCAAUAUCGUAGGAAAUAUUUUUCAGUAAUAUGAAUAAAACGACGAUUAAUUUCGAUUUGUUUUAUGUAACUUCAAUCUUUGAUAUUUAUGUUUUUCAAAAAUACUGAAAUAAAGUAUAAUUACAUAAUUUAUAGUGAGAUCAUUUCAACUUCAAAUAAUUUAAUCAUUAAUGACACAAACAAAUCUAGUUCAUAAAUGUACGAAAUUUAGCUUAACACGUUCGUUGCGAAAUGGAAAAUGUGUGUUGUCUGUAGAAACUGGUAAUAUUGUUUAAAUUUAAAUUUGAUAUAGUUGAGUUAUUUUGAUGUAAUAAAUAUAUUUGCCAAAAGAAAUGAUUUUGGCCUAUUUCUUUGAGUAAAUAAAUUUACCUCUUUCAACGGGCGAGAAAAAAAUAGUAUGCUAUCCCUUGAUGUUAACAUAGACAAUCCAAGAGGGCAUUUAUAAUCUUGUUGUAUA